AUGGCAACCGCCCGUAAACAAGGCGGCGGCGGCGGCGGCCUGGGCGCGGUGAGUGCGGCGCCGGCGGGACCCCCCCGCGGCCCGGGGCCCACGCACACCGGGAGCGACGCCCCGGCACACGUCGGGUGCCGCCGGUGCCCACAGGCAGGGCUGCCUCCCGGGCGCUCUCGCUCAACCGCCCCUGCGCCGUGCCCCUCUUUGCCAACGUCCCGCAAAGAGGCGCGCAGGAGGGCUCCCUGUGGCACAGAUGCACCUCCAGUACUGAUCCCUGUUUCAGAGAGGUGCCACCUGCUUGUGCUUCCAGGUGCUGUCUGCUCUGACACAGGGCCCCUGUCCUCUCUGAGGCAAAGAAUCGCUCUGCUGGAACAGAAAAUAGAGAAACAAGCAGAAGAAAUCCAAGUGAAGGACAGGAGAAUUGCUGAGCUUGAAGAGAAGAUGAAGGCUCUUCAGAAAGGAGAAGAUGCUUCCAACUCACCCACAGCAGAGGAACUGGAAGUGAGAUGCUUUCAGCUGCAGAGCCAGGUCUGGGAGAUGGAGCGCUUUCUAAGUGACUAUGGUCUGGUCUGGGUUGGAGAGAGGCACAAGCAGCUGGAAGACUUAGAAUCAGGCAAAGAUGAAGAGGAGCUGCCAGCAGGAAGCUUCUGGAAGCCAGGUGAAGCUGCUGCCUCCCAGCCCCUGAUUGAUUUUGACUUGAUCCUGGCAAAGGUGAAGGAGCUGAACCUGCUGGCUGGAGAGGGCAUCGCUGGGAUCCAGCUCAGGCCCGGGGGGGCGCAGCUGAGGCAGCCAGAAGCCCUCCCUCUGACUCUGUACCAAAAUGGGAUGGUCAUGAGGGACCAACCCUUUCGGCCCUACCGGGACCCAGCCGCACAGCAAUGCCUCCAGGACAUCAUAGAUGGCUACUUCCCCUCAGAGCUGCAGCACUGCUACCCAGAUGGCAUCCCUCUGCAGGUCACUGACAGGAGGGCUGUGGUGUUCCAGGGCAGAGGCCUGCCAGGCAGUUUCCCUGGCCGUGGCCGAGUGCUUGGCCAUUCCAGAGCAAGUGAGGAAGCCACUGAGAUCCCAGGUCCCAAGCUCUCCUUGGAGCAGCUUCCCAACAAGCAUCCCAAGCCCUCAAUACAUGGAGAAGCCUUCAGUGUCCAAGAUCCAGCCAGAGCUGUGCAGCAGGGCUCCAGUGUAGUGCAGAGCAGCAAAGAGAAUCUGCUGGAGACACCCAGGCUGGCUGCCCUGCAGAGGGUGAAGGAGGCUGAAGAGGAGGAUGAAGAGGAGGCUCAAGCUCCUGCCCCUGCCCUCUGCUCCCUCCGCGUCAGGUCCGAGAGCGGGGACCGGACCCAGGUGAUCAAGAUGCUGCCCACGGACACCAUCGGGGACCUGCGCCAGUGCCUUGCCCGCACCAGGGGUGGAGACUCCGACUGCUAUGAGCUCAUCAGCACCUUUCCCCGGAGGGUGUACGUGGACGACUCCAGGAGCCUGCAGGAAUGUGGCCUGACCCCCAGUGCCUCCUUGCUGCUGCGGAGGAAAGAGCCCUCCCCGGCAGGGGGGACAGGGCUGCAAACAGCUUAACAGAGCUGCUCCCCCCAGGCUCUGCAGGAAGGAGCUGCCUCACCCCCUCGGCUGUGUUACAGCCUCCCCUGGCUGGGCAGAGCACAGAGGGGGAGUGCUUACAGUUUGGUUUUGUUGUGAUGCAACCUGGGAUGGAGAAGAGUUUAGAGGCAGCAGGUGCCAGGCUCAGUCCUGCUGCCUUGGCCUUGCAGGUGGAGUCUUUUCCCCACAACAGUUUAGUUUCUCAUCUCUGCUGAAGGCUGCACAGGGUGAU